GAAAUAGCACAUCACUAGCCACUACUCAAAUAGCUCUGUCACAAACACUCGCAAAGGCAAUCAGUUCCAAUCUACCGUCUUUGUGCACAUGGCUCCUUUUCUUGUUAUCGUUGUUACCCUCUGUGGACUCACAGGAACUCACAGCCUCACUACGGUGAGUGAAGAAGUGUCUGUGAAAGUAGGGGUCAGGGUUUCCAUUCCAUGUCUAUACCAACCAAGCCAUAAGAACCAUGUUAAGUACCUUUGUAAAGGAAUGGCUUGGUUGUUAUGUGAUAUAAUAAUCACAACCAACUCAGGGAGUAGUUUUCCAGAAGGCCAGUACACAAUCUCUGAUGACCCGGACCAAGGGGUCUUCACAGUAUCCAUCACAAGCCAAGAGGAGGGAACGCAAACCUACUGGUGUGCUGUGGAGAUACCUGAUGCCUUAGAUGAGGGAACACGUUUCCAACUUUUAGUGUCCGAAGGCGACUCCAGUCUGUAUGUGGAUCAACAGGAAAUAAUAGGAUUUGAUGGAGAUAGUAUAAAUAUCAGUUUUCACUCUAAAACACACGGCAAACCAGGAUGGUGCAAACUGGGCCACUGCAAGGAAAAACAGGAUGGCUUUAUUGAAAGUUCACAAGUCUCAAUUGAUGCAAGCAAACAAGACGUUUUUGUGGUGACUAUGAAGGACCUAGACAUGGAAAGCAGUGGUUGGUACAUUUUUUUCCAAGGGCAACUAAAUAUGCCAAUACAUCUAACAACGAAUUCAAUCACCUCAACAACUGUGAGCACUUUGUCAGGUGUGGUGUCCACUAAAAAGAUUACAGAGAAGGAACAUGAACUUGUUCUCAGAGACGACCUAAAGAUCCUGCUCCUUCCUUUCGGCAUAUUGCUGUUCAUUAUAGCAGUGGCCCUGUUGGUUUUGUGGAUGUUCCACAGUAUGUUGAAACGGCGAGCCGAAAGAAAACGUAUAGCAAUCACAGGAUCGUCUGAGCCAGACGUUUUUUAUAGUAGUGUGAUGCCGAUGCAUUCCAGGGCAGCACAGAAUAAAUCUACUGGUGACAUGAAUCUCAAGAAUAACCCAAACGAGGAUGGAAAUAUAACAUACAGUGUUAUUGGCCCCCAUCCAAGAAUAUAAAUCAUCCAUGCCAUUCAAUUGAUCAUACGCUUGUGACUUCAACACUUAAGAUGAUUUUCAUUCGCAUUUUGAGUAGGCUACUAUUUAUCUUACAUGUAUACAAUAUAAAUGUGUCCUCCCUGUAAACUAUCCACACACACACACACACACACACACACACACACACACACACACACACACACACA